CAAGAUGGCGGCGCCCAGGGGGCGUUGAGGCGUGGGGCUGAGGAUGGCGCUGGCGGCGCUGGCCGCCGGGGCUCGGCUGGGGCGGCGGCUGAGCGGAUCGGGACCGGAGCUGAGGCCGGGCCGAAGGCACUGGACGGCUGCCGGGCGCUCGCGAAGCCGGCGCGAGGCAGACACGCCCGUGUUCCAAUAUGUGGGCGAGCGCGCGGCCCGUGCGGACCGCAUCUUCGUGUGGGGCUUCAGUUUCUCCGGGGCGCUGGGCGUGCCCACUUUCGUGCUGCCCGGCGCCGGGCCCGAGCCUCGCUCAGGUUCGCGGCCGCGACGGAGGAUCCAACCUGUGCCCUACCGCCUGGAGCUGGACCAGAAGAUUUCAUCUGCUGCCUGUGGCUACGGAUUCACAUUGCUGUCCUCUAAAACCAAGGACGUUACGAAAGUCUGGGGCAUGGGGCUCAACAAAGACUCCCAGCUUGGAUUUCACAGGAGCCGCAAAGAUACCACCAGGGGCUACGAGUACGUGCUGGAGCCCUCGCCGGUGCCGCUGCCCCUGGACAGACCCCAGGAGACGCGGGUGCUGCAGGUGUCCUGCGGCCGUGCCCACUCUCUUAUCCUGACAGACCGUGAAGGAGUCUUCAGCAUGGGAAACAAUUCGUACGGGCAAUGUGGAAGACACGUGGUUGAAAAUGAAAUUUACAGCGAAAGUCACAAAGUCACUAGACUGCAGGACUUCGAGGGACAGGUGGUCCAGGUUGUCUGUGGCCAGGACCAUAGCCUGUUCCUAACGGAUAAAGGAGAGGUGUACUCUUGCGGCUGGGGUGCCGACGGGCAAACAGGUCUGGGUCACUACAAUAUCACCAGCGUGCCCACCAAGCUGGGCGGAGACCUGGCUGGGGCGCACAUCGUCCAGGUCGCCACGUAUGGCGACUGCUGCCUGGCCGUGUCUGCUGAGGGCGGCCUCUUCGGUUGGGGGAACUCCGAGUACCUGCAGCUGGCCUCUGUCACCGACUCCACACAGGUGAAUGUGCCCCGGUGUUUGCCGUUCUCCGGAGUGGGGAGGGUGAAGCAGGCUGCAUGCGGUGGUACGGGCUGCGCUGUGUUAAAUGGAGAAGGACAUGUUUUUGUCUGGGGCUACGGAAUUCUUGGGAAAGGACCAAACCUUGUGGAAACCGCACUUCCAGAAAUGAUUCCACCCACCCUCUUUGGCCUGACGGAGUUCAACCCAGAAGUCCAAGUCUCCCUCAUUCGAUGUGGCCUCAGCCACUUUGCCGCCCUGACCAACAGAGGGGAGCUGUUCGUGUGGGGCAAGAACAUCCGAGGCUGCCUGGGCAUCGGUCGCCUGGAAGACCAGUAUUUCCCCUGGAGGGUGACGCUGCCCGGGGAGCCCGUGGACAUGGCGUGUGGUGUGGACCACAUGGUGACUCUGGCCAAGUCGUUCAUCUGAUGCAACUUCCAGACCUGUGCGAGCCCAGGCCUGGCCUCAGAACCACCUGGACUGCUCAGCAGGGGGUCGGAGGGGACUGGAGCCCUUUGCGAAGUGUGACGCGCUCUCCUGGUGCCCUCAGCAGGAACGUCCUGGAAGAAGGCCUGUGACUCUGUCUCCUCUCCAGCUGGCGGGGGACCUGCUGUGUUCAGGCCAGGCACCAGUGACACGAGUCCCAGGCCGCGUGGCGCUGGCAGGGCGAGGGUCACCCACACAUGACAGCCCCGGGGUCGCCUCUGGCCGGAGAAGCCGGUCUGGGGAACGCCUAGCUCUGUGGUGUGCCAUUUUGUUUGAUCGUAAACAGGGCCUGACGGCGUGGUCCCAGGGGGCCUUCUGGACCCUCCGACCACAGCCGGGCCCACGGCUGGCAUGUGGGCAUCAGGGCGAGCCCGGCCUGGCUGCUGCCCGGGGUGUCCACUCAAUCAUCUGGGCCCCACCGCCCCCCGCCCGGCUGGGGCGAGCAGUGAGCCCAUCCCGCCGCAGCCUGGCCACAGGGCUGCCCAGGGAGGAGACCAGAAGCCCUGGAGAAUGUCCGAGCUGGUGACAUAACUUGUCCUUCUGUUUAAAAACCUCUUUUAGAACUCUCUUUUGGAAUAAAGCCUAUUUUCUGCCUUAUUUUUGAGCACUGAA